AUGUCGAGCUUGGAAGUCUUGAAUUUAGCCCACAAUGAUCUCAAUGAGUUCAUACCAUCGUCUCUAACAAAGCUGACAUUUCUCUCCAAAUUUGAUGUCUCCUACAACAACCUCACUGGAGAUAUCCCAACAGGGGGCCAAUUUUCCACAUUCACAAAGGAGAGUUUCGUGGGCAAUGCUGCACUAUGCCUUGGUCGGAAUGGCCCCUGCUUCGGAAAGGCUACUUUUGAAGGAACAGAAAGUGAUGGCACUGAUACCGUAUCCAUAAUGCCCGCAAUGACAUACAUCACCGCAGAAGCGGGAUUCGCUUUCGGGCUUUUGACCGUCUGUAACAUACUGUUUUUCGCAAGGGCUUGGAGGGCCGCGUAUUUUCUGGCUGUUGAUAGGUUCUUUGAUAUGCUCCAUGUCAUAAUAAUGGUGAAGAUGAACAAGCUCAGAAGAAAAUGGGAAGAUAAAGAGCAUCCUUAG